CAAUAACUCUUACAUUCUGCUCGUGCAGGUGCAACGCUGGGCUCUGAACUAGCCGCUGCAGCAAAGCUAAGGGAAAAAUCACCCAUUUCAUGGUAAACCCUGGCUUAUCUUGAGUAGCGAGGCUGUGUUCAUUACAACAGCGGAAACAGAAGGAACGGAGCUUAUCCAUUACGAGAUGGCGUCUGCAAAUGCGACAUAUGGACAGAAGGAAUCCUCGGACCAGAAUUUUGAUUACAUGUUUAAAAUCCUCAUCAUUGGGAACAGCAGUGUGGGAAAAACCUCCUUCCUCUUCCGCUAUGCAGAUGACUCGUUCACGCCGGCGUUUGUCAGCACGGUGGGAAUCGACUUCAAGGUCAAGACCAUCUAUAGGAACGACAAAAGGAUAAAACUACAGAUCUGGGACACUGCUGGUCAGGAGCGCUAUAGAACAAUCACCACAGCCUACUACAGGGGAGCAAUGGGCUUCAUCCUCAUGUACGACAUCACCAAUGAGGAGUCCUUUAAUGCUGUGCAAGACUGGUCGACCCAGAUCAAGACGUACUCAUGGGACAACGCCCAGGUCCUCCUGGUGGGAAACAAGUGUGAUAUGGAGGAUGAGCGGGUGGUGGCGUCUGACAGGGGGCGCCAGCUGUCAGAGCAACUUGGUUUUGAGUUCUUUGAAGCAAGCGCUAAAGACAACAUCAACGUGAAGCAGACGUUCGAGCGACUGGUGGACAUCAUCUGUGAGAGGAUGACAGAGACUCUGGACAACAACGACCCAACGGUCACCGGAGCCAAGCAGGGGCCACAGCUCAAUGAGCAGCCCCAGAGGUCUCACCAAGAUUGCGCUUGCUGAAUGCACACAUACGCACACACCCCUAUGCACACGCACCCCCCUCCCCCCACACACACUGCUUGUCCUGAUUUUUCAAGGUUUUUUUAGUCUGGAUCUUGCUGUUUGUUCUUUUUAAUAUGCAGAUGCAAGACGUUCCUGCACAUAAACACUGCCAUCCAUCCACAGCCCCACACCAGGAGCAGAGUCUGCCAGGAGUUGGGCCUUCCAGGGGCUGUCCUUCUGCUCAGCAACAUUCCCUGACUCUUUCAUACACUUCUUAGCUGUAUGUUACCAGAUGUGCAACAGUUGUAAUUAUUGUCCCUCUGAAAAGGUGUUUAUUGAGGAAGUCGGUUCAUGUAGGCGUGUUUUGGAGGAUCUGAAAUCCUCUUUUUAGUGUUUUGGUGGACUUUUAGGGAGAUUUUGGACCCAAGUUUGAUGUUCAGGCAGAGUUGUUCUUAAAUUAAGAAAUUAUUUUAUAUAUUUGUCUUAAAAACAUAUAGUUACAAUAGAUCUGAAAAGUGUUCAAACCUAUGUUUAAAAUGUAGGGUUUUGUGACUUAAAAAAAGGCCAUGAUAAAUUAUCUCAAAAAAAAUUUCUUUAUUAAUGAGACAUACAUCCUGUGUAAUCCAACUGAAAACAAAUCUGCUUUAGUAAAAGAAAAAAAAUAGAAAUGUGCAACAACCCAGAUGCAUACAUUUUCACACCCUUAAGCUAAAAUUUUGCUGAAGCUUCUUGUCAUUCAUUUUAAACAUUCUUGGCUCUCCACAGCUUGGUUUAGGCCUAAUCCAAACAUAGCCAGAUAUCGGGGGAAAAAUUACACUUUUUUUGCGUUUCGGCUUUUCGUCCACACAAAAACUGUUUAAUAUCACUAAAAACGAUUAUUUAUAAAAACUCCCACCAUAAUAAGGAGAAUUUUAUGAUUCUCCUUAUUUGUGUUUGUGUGUACAUUGGAAAACAGGCAUUUACAGUCUGCCACAAAUAAUACACCAAAUAUAUCCACAUGCUUGCUUUGACACGAUUCCCAACCGACAUAAUCUUGUGUUUAAAUAACCUAAUUAAAAGUUGUUGAACCUACAUAGGUGUCUAACCAAAUGAUUCUCCUGGCACUACAUUUUCUUUCUAAUAGGAAGCCGUGGUUGUUUUGAAACAACCUGAUUGGCUGUGAUUGGUGUAGCAUUGCGCUACACUGCCCCCUAUAGGUGUGGCAUGUUUAAAAAGAAACUUGACAGAUGGAUCUGUUCGGGUCCAUGUAGAUGAAAUGUUUUCUGAAACUGAUCCCAUGUGUACAAUAUUAUUUUUUUAAACAUGACUGAGAUUUUUGAUUUUAUAAAGACCCAGCUACGUGUUUACAAGGCUUUAGUAAUAUUUACCCACUCAGAUCAAAGUUCUCCAAAUCUAUCCACUUGUGAGGACAUAUGUUUUCCACAUCCCUUCUCGGGUUCAGAUUCAUUUCUUGGCUCCAGUGAAGACAUUCUCCUCAGACUCACGGUGAUGCUAAAACAUCAAAUCCACCUUCAACUUCAGCUUUGUAGGAGACACUUCGGCGUUUUAUUUGGAGCUGUGCAUAAUCUUACCCACUGUGACAAAAAAACAUCUUCCUCUGAAGAUAAGCAACCCCAGAGCAUAAUGCUGCCACCACCAUGUUUCAUUGUGGGUAUGAUGUUCUUUUAUUGAAACUUGCUGUUAUUGUGGCCCAGAAAAUCUAUUUGGGUUUUAUCAGAUGGUAGUGGAAGUUCUGGAUGUGUGCAGGAGUUGGACAUCCCAGCUCCUUUUUCUGCUUUUUAGAAACAUAUAGAACACACCCAGCACUUUUUCCUGCAGCUCUUUCCGUGUUGCUGUUAGUCUACUAUCAACCUCACUGACCCAGUGAUUACAUUUAAUCAGUUCAUCAUUAUAGCUUCAUCAGUUUUGGAGAAAUGUCCUGUUAACAGAACAUGGCUGUUGUCCCUAUUUUAUUGAUAUCUGUUUGCAUUGUGCUAUGAUUUGAAUGUAAUGCUGAGGAUUUUCAUGUACCAUCUUCUGACUGGUACCUUUGAUCUGUUCUGCAGAGCUAUAGCUAAAGAUGUUGGUAACAACAUCAGGAAAAAAAUUAUCUUAAGAACAGCUGAAUGUUGUUUACAUUUAAUCUGAUUUACUAUGAUUUAUAUAGUGAUGAAGUUAGGAAGACUGAAUGAAAAGUAUUAGUUUCAGGGUUUGCACACUCAUGCAACUAGAUAAUUACAAUUUUUUAUUUGUUUUAUAUCUUCCCCUCUAACUGAUGUUUGUUUCCAGAUGAAUUGAACAGGAUGCCUGUUGGACUAGAUGUGGGAAAAGUGAUCAUUUGAUCAUAGUUUUUUUUUAUUUCACACAAACUUAGCAUCUUAACAAAGGUGUUUUUACUUUUGAGAGCAAAAGCAUAUAGUAAAUCUCUAUGAAAAAGUAAGUCAACAUUCUGGUUGGACCUGGAUAAGGAACAGCAUAACCUGGAUGUUUGAUGCAUUUAUAAAACUCAUUGAGGAUCGGCUCUAAGUCAUACAUCACAGUAGGAGAAUAUCAAAUGUCUCUGGCCACUCAAGAUUUAAUAAAUAUCUACAAAUGUCAAUAAAUGUGCAUUUUAAAAUGCAGAUAUUUACAGUAUCCAUAUAAACUGAUUGUGAAGCGGUGGUUGGAUUCCUGCCUGUGUUGUAGUCAGAGCUGCAUGUUGUUGAUGUUUUUACGCUUCUUCUGACUGGUUUAUUAAUUAGUAUGAGCUGUUGAUUUUACUGGUUUAACUCUCAUCACUCCCAUUCCCUCUACUAUUUUAAAAUGCCAGAUUGCUGUGAAAAGUUUCUGAUGUUUAACUCUUGACACCCCACACCUUUUAUUCAGUGCAUAUAGUGGGUGUUGGUCAUUCCUCCUUUCUCCAUUCCACUCUUCUGCAGUUUUAGUUGUUUCCUUCUGUGCAUCAGAACAUUU